AUGGCAGGAUCCCUUCUCUUGCCCCUGCAGAUCCUACUACUGAACUUAGUCCUGGGAUCUGCUGGCCAAGAAGGUGACAAGAGUGGGGAGAAGAUUAUUGAUGGAGUCCCAUGUACAAGAGGCUCCCAACCCUGGCAGGUGGCCCUGCUCAGAGGCAAUCAGCUCCACUGUGGAGGUGUGCUCCUCAAUGAACAGUGGGUGCUCACUGCUGCCCACUGCAUGAUGAAUGAAUACAACGUGCACAUGGGCAGUCAUCAGCUGGGUGAUAACAGAGCUCAGAAGAUCCGGGCCACAAGGUCAUUCCGCCACCCUGGGUACUCCACUCAGACCCACGUUAAUGACCUCAUGCUUGUGAAGCUAAGUAGACGAGCCAGGCUAUCAUCGAGUGUGAGGAAAGUCAAGCUGCCCUCCCGCUGUGAACCCCCUGGGACCACAUGCACCGUUUCUGGCUGGGGCACCACCACCAGCCCUGAUGUGACCUUUCCAUCAGAGCUCAUGUGCACGGAUGUCAAGCUCAUCUCCUCCCAGGAUUGCAAGAAGAUUUACAAGGACCUACUGGGAAAAUCCAUGCUGUGUGCUGGCAUCCCCAACUCCAAGACCAACGCCUGCAAUGGCGACUCAGGGGGACCACUGAUGUGCAAAGGUACCCUGCAAGGCCUUGUGUCCUGGGGAACUUUCCCUUGUGGCCAACCCAAUGACCCAGGUGUCUACACCCAAGUCUGCAAGUAUGUCAAAUGGAUAAAUGAGACCAUGAGAAAGCAUUGCUAA